UUUAGACGGUUAGUGGCGUUGGGGAAAAGGAAUUCAACACUGACAGCAAAGAACGAAAAUAUAAAUAAUUUUGCUCCCCUCUGACGACCCAGUUUCCGCCAUCCCUUACCUAUGGCUUCAAAUUCAAACAUAGAUAUAGAGGGUGCAACCCAGCAUCUUCGUGAUAUAUUAAAACUGGACCGACCCGGGAACAGCGUUGACGCAUCUCCAAGUGAGAACCAAAGCACAACAUCUUUCAAUGGUGAAUUGAAUGGACUUCUGGGAGCAGACUUUAUAGGAGCUGGCGACAGGUCAACCAUGGCUGAAUCCACAGGCCCUAAUUCAGAGAACAUGAACACCCAAGACUGUCAGAUCAUCUGCCUCUCUGGGGAUGAUGGCUCCACUUGCAUUCCCAUCACAUCCAACAAUGUUGAAAUUGUGGCCAGUCGAGACUCAAGCAUUGACAGCAAAGCCCGUGGCAGCAACAAGGUAAAAAUCCAGCCUGUCGCCAAGUACGACUGGGAGCACAAGUAUUACUACGGCAACCUCAUUGCAGUCUCUAACGCAUACCUGGCAUAUGCCAUCCGAGGAGCAAACAACCAGGCCAUGAUCCGUGUGUUGAGCUUGGGCUCGGCAGAGCGCACACUGCUGAAGGGCUUCACUGGUGCAGUCACAGACCUGGCCUUCGCCCAUCUGGACUCCACGCUGCUGGGAUGUGUCGACGAGGCCGGCAACCUGGUCAUCUGGCAGCUCACCUGCCACAGUAGCAAGAUCCUGGAUCAAGUUAUUGUCCACAUCCGGAGGCCUGAGGACACGCCUCUGAACUCCAAUAGGAGGUUGAUCUGGUGUCCCUUCAUCCUAGAGGACAAUGAAGAGAACCCUGAGGAUGCCAGCCAGACCCUGGCCCUGCUGCAUGAAGACAGAGCUGAAGUGUGGGAUCUGGAGAUCCUCCGCAGCAACAAUAACACCUGGCCAGUAGAUGCCACUGACCUGAAGGACGGAGUUAUAACUAUAAAAGGACAUACAGAUCGCAUCAGUGAAGGUGCCCUGUCUCCGGAUGGCACAGUCUUGGCCACAGCCAGUCAUGAUGGAUAUGUAAAGUUCUGGCAAAUCUACAUUGAAGGACUGGACCAGCCAAGUCCUCUCCCCGGCUUCUUCCACAGAUGUCUACACGAGUGGCAGCCCCACAACGGGAACCCCCUUUCCUGCCUGCUGUUCUGUGACAACCACAAGAAACAGGACCCAGAUGUUCCAUUCUGGCGCUUUCUUAUUACUGGAGCUGAUCAGAACCAGGAAUUGAAGAUGUGGUGCACAGUGUCAUGGACCUGCCUGCAGACCAUCAGGUUCUCUCCAGACCCGUUCAACUCAUCAGUCCUGCCCUGUCUGAAGGCCAGUCUGGACCUGUCUGCAGAAUGCCUCAUCCUCAGCGAUGUACAGAGAAAGGUGUUGUAUGUGAUGGAGUUGUUGCAGGACCAGGAGAAGGGCCAUGCCAGCUUCACAGCCGUGUCAGAGUUCCUGCUCACACACCCUGUGCUUAGCUUCGGUGUUCAGGAUGUCAGCCACAGCCACCUGUGCCACUCGGAGGUCCUUCCGCCAGACGAGGAGAGCGAGAGUAUGACUGCAGAUGGCAACCAGGGCCCAAUGGAAUCCAAAGCUGGGAUCCAAAUCAAGCUAUACUGUGUCCACACAAAGUCCCUUCAAGAUGUGCAGAUCUGGUUCCAGCCAAACCUUGGCUCUGGCUCCUCCUUGUUCCUGCCUCACUCCGACUCAAACGAUGGCUUUGGUUUUUCAGAUCACUUGACAGACAUGAGUGUGGAAGGUUUGAGCUCUGAUAAGGAUUCUGGAUGCGGCUCCAAAAAUGAUCUCCACAAGAUUCCCGCUCUUGCUGACUUCCUGUCCCCCUCCGGCACUGUUGCUAUGCCCAAGCUUAUGACCCCUGACGCCUUCAUGACCCCCAGUGCUUCGGUCCCAGCCUCCCCAGGCAGCAGUGCCAGCAGCCUGACCAUAGUGACAGCCAUGAGCAGCAACUCUGACAGUUGCGCCAGGGGAGGAGAGGAGCUGAACCAGAGCCCUAAGAUGUCUGUGGAGAGCAGCAGUAGUAGCAGCCUGACUCUCAAUGUGAGCACCAGCAGCUCCAUCCUCAUCUCAGGCCUAGGGGACAACAUGCCGAUGUACCCUCUUCCACAAGAGACCACUCCUCAUACGCUCAUGUUCCCCCUCACCUACCCCCUCCGCCCUCUACAGGGGCUUCCCUCUCCAAACCCGCCCCUCUCGCUGGACCCUCAGGUCAUUGAGCCUAUGCUGAUCCAGCAGGCUUCUCCUACCCGGGCCCGCUCUCCAGACGUCAUCUCAUCUGCCUCCACGGCCAUGUCCCAGGACAUUCCUGAGAUCGCCUCUGAGACGCUGCAGCGAGGCCUGGGGGGGGUGUCUGGAGCUGAAUCUCGAGAACCUCUCCCAGCCCUCCACACAGACAGCAUGGCUUCUGCAGCCUCAGCUCUUCACCUUCUCUCUCCACGAAACCGGAACUCUGACCACGGCCACCUGCCCCUGGAGCUGGGUGCUGUAGCAGGAGCAGUGGAGGCGGAACAGAGGCUCAGUAACACCCCCUCACUACUGGAGAACGCCCUGUCACAGGAGAAUGCUGCUGCUGCAGCUGCCUCCUGCUUAGACAACAGCGUGAGCCACCCCUGGCCUGCAGCUCCUGACAUCACACGGGAAACACGCAACAGCCUGCGGGACAACGGCCUGGGAGACUGCUCGAGGGAGGAAAUGAAGGACAGACACAUGUCCUCUCCAUACCACAGACGCACCUACCACUUAACCCAGAAUGACAGUCAGGACGCCAGUGCAGAACAGAGUGACCAUGAUGAUGAGGUAGCCAGUCUAGCAUCGUCUUCAGGGAACUGUGGGGUCAGGUCGUCUCAAAGACUGCCAGUGAAGGAGUGGAAGAGUUCUCCCAGAGGCUCCCCUAAACUCAAGAGGAAGAGUAAAAAAGACGACGGGGAUGCAUCUCAUGCCUCUCAUGCCUCUCAGUCCAGGCAGCCUGAGCAUCAACAUCAGCAGAUUAACCCAGACGUGCAGGAAGAGCUGCUGAUUUUGCUGCGUAACCAGCAGAGGGAGCUAGCGGAGCUCCGUCAGAGUCAGCUGGAACUGCUGCAGAGAGUGACAGGCCACAUGGACGCCGUGCAGAGCUCUGUCUUAGCCCAUGUAGAGCACGUCAUGGUCAGCCAGCAGGAGCACGAACAGAGGAGAAUGGAGAGAAUCCUAGCAGAGGGACACAACUGUAACCAGCAGCUCCAGGAGCAUCUCUCCCAGCAGCUGGGUCAAACUCUCAGUAACACCCUUUGUAACCGGCUGGACAAGACUCUCCGAGAGGAGAUGAAGAAGACUGUUCCUCCCACUAUCACCAAGAGUCUGGAGCCUGUUACUGCCCAGAUGAGUAACACCAUCGCUGCUAAGCUGACAGCUGUGGAGGCAGCACUGAAGGAGAACGUUAGCAAAGUCGUGAAGUCAAAGAACACCACAGAUGCUAUCGGCCGGGCAGCUGCCGAGGCAAUGCAGGGGCCUAUCCAGGCUGCCUACAAGGAUGCUUUCCAGAGCAUUGUGCUGCCUGUGUUUGAGAGGGGCUGCCAGUCUAUGUUCCAGCAGAUCAAUGAUAGCUUCAAGCAGGGUACCCAUGAGUAUAUCCAGCAACUGGAGACCCAUGUGAAGAACAGGAAGCAGCAUGAGCAGGAAGCACAGGAUCCUAUGAUUGGCCAGCUGCAGCAGAUGAUUGACACGUUCCAGAACUCAACGGAUCAGCUGGCCACCACCAUCACAGCAAGUGUCCGCUCUGAGGUCCAGCACCAGCUCCACAUGACGGUGGGAAACCUGCAGGACUCGAUCCUGACCCAGGUGCAGCGCAUUGUGAAGGGUGAGGUGAGCAUGGCCAUGAAGGAGCAGCAGGUAGCUGUGAACUCCAGCAUCAUGCAGGCCAUGCGCUCUGCUGCAGGCACGCCCGUCCCCAACGCACACCUGGACUACCAGGCCCAGCAAGCCAGCAUCCUGCAGCUGCUACAGCAGGGACAGCUCAACCAGGCCUUCCAACAGGCCCUGUCAGCCUCUGACCUGAACCUGGUCCUGUAUGUGUGCGAGACCAUCGACUCCCAGCAGGUGUUUGGCCAGCAUCCCUGCCCCCUCAUCCAGCCAGUGCUGCUGUCCCUCAUACAGCAGCUGUCCACUAACCUGGCCACACGCUCGGAGCUCAAGAUCAGUUACUUAGAGGAUGCUGUGAUGAACCUGGACCAUGGUGAUCCGGUGACGAGGGACCACAUGAGUGCGGUGCUGUCCCAGGUCCGACAGAAGCUGUUCCAGUUCCUGCAGCAGGACCCACACAGUCCUCUCAGCAAGAGAGCCCGGCGCCUGGUGAUGAUGCUUCAGGGCCUGGUCAAUCACUAGUUCUGUGCUUUUGGUGCCCAAUUAUGGAGCCCCUUCGCUUCCCUGUUCUGCUCCCACACAGUUAGAACAAGGUGCAGUGAAUUUCAUUGAUGUGCUGAGGGGAGCAGAGCUGUACUUAAAGAGAUGUGAGCAUGAUGUAUAAUGGCUGCACUUUCUGUACCCUCGGCCCUUUCUGAUGCAUUGUACAUCGCAAUUGAACAUUUUGUUUUAGCUUUCAUUUUUACGUGUAGAAAUGGCAAGAACAGACUGGGUUUUCCGUUUUUGGACUUGUGUAGAUUUAAAGUUUUUCUCAGUUGGAAACCCCCUGUUCAUGAGUUCUAUGAACCUUGCCAUUAUCUUAUUUCUAUCUUUUCCCUGUAUAAUAGAGGCUGUUUGACAAAUACCUAUCCUAAAUGUAGACAGUCGGUACAGAUGGAUGAGCCCUUUAUGUUGUAUUAUGUUUUCUGUAUAUUCAACCAUUCUGUUAAAUCCAGUGUUCUGACUUUAGUUCAGAAUGCUCUUUUGCUUUGAGGGACUUCUAAACUUGCUUGAAGACUUAUUGAAGUAGUUAUACUCCAUAGAAAAUGCUUCUAACAAAUUAUUGUUACUUAUACUGGCUCUGUUUUUGCUUCAGGAUAUCCAAAUUAUGUUCAUAAACCUGAUUUACUUCUGUUCUUUAGAGGGCAGCCCUUUGUGUGAAUGCAAUCACAUUCAUAUUUUUUGCAUGGUUUCUUCUUGGCAACUUGCAGUCUAGUUGGAAAGUUCAACAAAACUUGAAGCAUGGCUUAAUGUUUUUAAAGGUAUUAUUUGUCUUCUAAGUUAAAAUGGUUGAAUUAUUUAGGUACAGACCCGUGAAACUUGUUAUGAAGGUUCUGGUGUCAUCGGUUUAAGAUUCCUUUCUUAGACCUAAAGUAGAAUGAGGGGGGACGUAGGGCAUUGUGAACUAAGCUUGGAGGUGUUUCUUGCCAGUCCUGCACACUAGUCCUGAGACAUGCUUAUUUUACCAGGCCAGAAUUAUGUUUUUGUUUUACCGUAGUAGUGGUUGGUUUGAUAAGCACCUUUGGCGUUCCAAUUUAUUUAACAGGACUUGUUGAAAGUUGAUUCCCAACUCCAGUUUUUCAGUUAUUUGAGUUUCAUCAGUGAACACUAUAUAGUUUCUAGGUCAUCUUCAGCUGCUGAUUGAUUGACAAAACGCUAGGCAUGCCUGUAUGCUCUGGAGAAACCAUGCAUAAAAAGGCAAACUACUAUCUUCAAGGUUAUAAGCCAUCUGUAUUACCAAGCCACAAAGCUAUGUAAAGCAGACAGUAAUGUCUAUUUUCUCCACAAGGUUGAGAGUGAGGAUGAAUCUGUCCAUGGAGGAGUAGGUUGAUGAUCCAUCUUUUAUUGUACUGAAAGUUACAUGUCUGCAUUUCUGGAAACGGCCCCUUUUUCACUCCGUGCUCUCUAUUCACUAAACUAAAUGUUUAUCUGGAAUAGCAUUUCUUUGACCUGAAGUGUGCUCUUAGAUAGUUUUACUUAUGUUUCAUAAAGAUCAGGGUUAAGCAACAAGCAUCACAGACAUGGAUGUUGAUAAUAGUAAGAUUGUACAUAAACGCUAUACAAUAUAUAUAAUAUUUUUUCCUAGUUUGCAAAAAAAACUUUGAAAUCAUGUUUUGUGUAUUACACAUUUUGAUCGUUUAAUUUCCAUCGUGUUUUGUUCCCUGUGCUUGGAUUAUGUUGUAUAUUUUACACUCGUUUAUUUUACCCUGAACGUUUUUGAAUAAAAAAUGAAAAUGGUUAAA